AGAAUGCUGCCCUCCGUCGUCCGCUGCGCCCGCCGCGGCUUCGCCAGCCACGCCAAGCCCCAUGUGCACAUGCCCGAGACGGCCAUGCUGACCAACAACGGCACGCACGUGUUCGAGCGCAAGGGCUGGGAGUACUCUGCCUACAUGGGCAUGCUGGGCGGCCCCAUCGUGCUCUACCUGGGACUCACCAACGUCCCGGAGACGGACUCGGAGGUCUUCGCCAGGGAGGAGGUGCUCGCUGCGCGCGCAGGUACGGAGGUGCUCAAGCGGCGCGACAGCGCCCCCGAGGGCGCGCGCUUCACUUUCAAGCCCAGCGAGAUCGGCGAGCCGCCGGUGCUCGAGGACGACGAGUAGAGAGAGAUGAAGGCUCACGCUGUUCUUGUCCUCCCCCCACCUGCGUGGGCUGCUGUUCUGCGCAGACUCGAGCGCGUAAAAGAGAGGGGCAGCCACGCACGACUGCACACACACACAAAGACACUCGGAGGCCCGAGCUGCUGGAGUCUGGAUGCAUGGAGUAACUAAAGCAAAAAGACGAACAAAUGAGCAGGUCUCUGUUUGAUGAC